AUGUCGUUCAGAACGUCAGGAGGCCAGAACUAUCAAGAGUUCGAUCCUGAACAAGGAGGAAAUGAUAUUUCUCGUAAGAAGUCAUUGGUGAGACCAGAAAGAUCAAGGAUGGAUCCAAACCAUCCUAUGUUCCACUACACACAAGUGACCAAUCAAGAAUCGUCUCAUUUGAGGGUUCAACCGUCGUCAACGGGUGCUGACCCUGUAGAAGGGUUGGGUGAUGUCACCAGAUCUCCUAGAAGAUCCACAGGUGGUCAGUCUUAUAAUAGAGUGGCUCCUGAUGAUGAUAUAGAUGAAGGUAUUCCUUUAAUGGACAUACAUCAGGAUGUUAGACCUGACCAGACGAAUUCAUCUUAUGAUAAUCGUGAUACCAGUGAUUCUUCUACUCCCGAGGAAAAGAAAGGGGGGAGAGAAGUGUUUGGAUUAAACGAUGAAGUUGAUCGUAAAAAGUCAGUAAUUAAGAAGAAUCCCAUCAAAAGAGACCCUAACAUCGAUAAUGUUCCGGAAAAUAAUAUUUAUUUUUGGAAAGUUUAUUGUUACGCCAUAACCUUUUGGGCUCCAGCUCCUCUUUUGAAGUUAUGUGGUCUUAAAACUAAAGAUCGUCAAUUUGCUUGGAGAGAGAAAAUUGGGUUAAUCAGUUGUAUCAUUUAUAUCGGAGCAUUCAUUGCUUAUUUGACUUUCGGGUUCACAAAAACAGUUUGUUCCAAUACAGUUGUCAGAACAAGAAACAAUGAAGUUUCCACUGGGAAUUUGAUCAUCAAUGGAAGAUCUUUUGAUUUGUCAUCAUCAGAACAUCCACCUGCUGCUGGUGUUCCUGCUGGGAGUAACGUCUUAUAUCCACCGGUCAAUGCUGGUGGUAUGGAUGCUUCUUUCUUAUUUCAAAACGUUAAUGGUAACUGUAAGGGGUUAAUUAAACCUAGAGACAAUUGUUCUAUCCCGUUCGAUGGAGAAGAUUUGGCAUGGUAUAUGCCUUGCAGAUUGUUCAAACAAGAUGGUUCAUCAGAAGUUAAUAAUACUAAAGCAUAUUAUAACGGUUGGGCUUGUCAUACUUCAGAAAUUGCUCGUAAAGCCUUUUAUAGUAUGAAAGUAGGAGGAGAUGUGUUUUUCACUUGGGAUGACAUUAGAAAUAGUAGCAGGAACUUGAUUGUAUAUUCAGGAAAUGUUUUGGACUUGAAUUUAAUCAAUUGGAUCCAAAAAGAUGAUGUCACCUAUCCUGAAUUAUUCAACCAAUUAAGAGACGACCCAACUUAUAGAGGCCAUGAUAUUUCCCUUGUUCUUGCCAAUCCCGAAGAAAGAAGAGCAGCUAGAUGUUUAACAGAAAUUAUCAAAGUAGGUACAAUCGAUUCGGAUACCAUUGGUUGUAUUGCAUCUGAUAUUGUGUUGUAUGUUGCGUUGACUUUCAUUUUAUCUGUUGUUGUUGCCAAAUUCUUAAUGGCCUGCUACUUCAAAUGGGUUGUUCUGAGAAAGCAAGGAGCCACGGAAGUGGACAAUAAAGCCAUGGCUGAAAGAUCAAAAGAAAUUGAAAAUUGGGUUGAUAAUCCAAGAGCUCAAAGUGCAAUUAAGACAGUACCUCCAAAGGCUAGAGCUAACUAUAAGGCUUCCAAAACAAACAGACAAAGUGUCUUCCAUUCCAAACGAUCAUUGAAUGCUAACAAUGAAUUAUCUGAGUAUUUUGACAAUGCUGAUCAUUUAUCCAAAACUUUCAAGUACACAACUAUGAGCACUCAACAAGCUAUGUUGAGUAGAAAGAAGGCCAAAUCCAAGACAAGACCAAACACAAUGUACAUGACAGACCAAGGAUCAUCUACGGAUUUACUUACUAGACCAGUUUCAGCCUACAAUCCAUUUGAAGGUAUUGAUGAAUUACAAAUUCAAGGGUUAUCACCAGAUAUUAUUCAUCCAGAUGCAAUUCCCCAACCACCAGUUGAAUACCAACCAUUUGCCUACCCUUUGGCACACACUAUCAAUUUUGUUACUUGUUAUUCCGAAGAUGAAGACGGUUUAAGAACAACGUUAGACUCCGUUGCUACUACUGAUUACCCAAACUCUCACAAGUUGAUCAUGAUUGUUUGUGAUGGUCUUAUCAAAGGUUCAGGUAACGAUUUAAGCACUCCUGAGAUUGCUCUUGGUAUGAUGACCGAUUUUGUUAUUGAACCAGAAAAUGUUACUCCAUACUCAUAUAUUGCUGUUGCCCAAGGUUCUAAACGUCAUAAUAUGGCUAAAGUUUAUGCUGGGUUUUACAAGUAUGACGAUAACACUGUACCACCAGAAAAGCAACAAAGAGUCCCAGUUAUCAACAUUGUUAAGUGUGGUACACCUUCUGAAGCUAAUGGUGCCAAACCUGGUAACAGAGGUAAACGUGAUUCACAAAUUAUCUUGAUGCAAUUCUUGCAAAAGGUUAUGUUUGAUGAAAGAAUGACUGAUUUGGAAUAUGAGUUGUUGAAUAAUAUAUGGAGACUUACUGGACUUAUGGCUGAGUUUUAUGAAAUAGUUUUGAUGGUGGAUGCGGAUACUAAAGUGUUCCCUGAUUGUUUAACCCAUAUGGUUGCUGAAAUGGUUAAGGACCCAGCAAUAAUGGGUUUAUGUGGUGAGACAAAGAUUGCAAACAAAAGACAAUCUUGGGUGACGGCUAUUCAAGUUUUUGAGUACUACAUUUCCCAUCAUCAAGCAAAGGCUUUUGAAUCCGUUUUUGGUGGUGUCACUUGUCUUCCAGGCUGUUUCUCAAUGUACAGAAUCAAAGCGCCAAAGGGGAAUGAUGGAUACUGGGUUCCUAUUUUGGCUAAUCCAGACAUCGUGGAACGUUAUUCAGAUAAUGUCGUUGAUACUUUGCAUAAGAAGAAUUUAUUAUUGUUGGGUGAAGAUAGAUACCUUUCAUCUUUGAUGUUAAGAACGUUCCCCAAGAGAAAGCAAAUUUUCAUACCCAAGGCAGCAUGUAAGACCAUUGUUCCUGAUAAAUUCAGUGUUUUAUUAUCACAACGUCGUCGUUGGAUUAAUUCCACAGUGCAUAAUUUGUUUGAGUUAGUUUUGGUUAAAGAUUUGUGUGGUACCUUUUGCUUCUCUAUGCAAUUUGUGAUUUUCAUUGAAUUAGUGGGGACUUUGGUUUUACCAGCCGCUAUUACCUUUACCAUUUACGUGAUUAUCUUUUCUAUUAUUUCCAAGCCCACUCCAUACAUGUCAUUGAUUUUAUUGGGUCUUAUUUUCGGGUUGCCAGGGCUAUUGAUUGUGAUUACUGUGUCUUCAUUAUCUUAUUUGGUGUUCUUUGUCAUUUACCUUUUCGCCUUACCCAUUUGGAAUUUUGUCUUACCCACAUAUGCGUACUGGAAGUUUGACGAUUUCAGUUGGGGUGAGACCAGAACAGUUGCCGGCGGAGAUAAGGGGGAUCAUAGUGCCAUAGAAGGUAAGUUUGAUCCUUCCAAGAUUGCCCAAAAGAGAUGGAGAGAAUUUGAAAGAGAUAGAAGACAACAAGAGCAAUUGACCAUCCCCGGUGCGGCAUGGGAUCCUUCCAGUGACAGAUACCAUUAA